AUGACUUUUGAUCAAAAGCCAUCUGUGAAGUUUAUUCUUAUUGACAUAGAAGGAACGACAACUGAUAUUGCCUUCGUUAAAGAUGUAUUAUUUCCGUAUGCGUCAGAUAAUUGCAAAGAAUUCUUGAAUAAACUUUUCGAUGAACCAGACGUCAAGGAAAUCGUCAGAGACUUGUGUAAACUUUCCGAAGAAGAUGGAAAUCCGAUUCAGAAAAGCACAAACAAACAUGAAUUUAUUAAUUCGAUAGUUGAUAAUGUCAAGAACCAAAUCAAAGCAGAUCGAAAGACUAAAGAAUUGAAAAAUUUACAAGGGAAAAUAUGGAAAGAAGCUUUCGAGUCUGGAGCAAUCAAAGGUCAUUUAUAUGAUGAUGUUCCGAGAAAUUUUGAGAAAUGGGUCAAUCAAGGCUUCGAACUCUACAUUUACUCUUCCGGUUCCGUAGAAGCUCAAAAACUUCUUUUCAAAUACUCAAAGUAUGGAAAUAUGUUAAAAUACUUAAGUGGACAUUUUGACACAAACGUCGGACAUAAACAAGAAACUCAAAGCUACAAAAACAUCACCAAAGAGCUUCAAGCAAAAGCAGAAGAAAUUUUAUUCCUUUCUGAUAUUCCUAACGAAGUCAUAGCAGCAGAAGAAGCUGGAAUGAAAGUGACAAUCCUUGAUCGACCAAACAAUCCUUUAAUUCUAUCUCAAGACAACCGAAAAAACUUUCAAGUUGUUCAAAAUUUUGAUGAGAUUAAGUGCAAUUAAUAAAGUUUCUGUUUCUCUAAUUAA